CACGUCGGCUGUGACAAGGAGGUUGGCUCCCUGAAGCAGGAUGACAAGUGCGGUGUCUGCGGCGGGGACAAUUCCCACUGCCGGACGGUGAAGGGCACGCUGGCCAAGACCCCCAAGCAGCCAGGUGUUUUGAAGAUGUUUGAGAUCCCGGCUGGAGCGAGGCACCUGCAGAUAGAAGAGAUGGAGCCAGCAUCCCACAGCAUCGCCGUGAAGAACCAAGCCACGGGGAACUUCAUCCUGAAUGCCAARGGCAAAGCGGCCAAAAGCCAGGUGUUCAUUGAGAUGGGCUUGGAGUGGGAAUACACCGUGGAGCAGGGCAAGGAGAGCCUGAAAACCAGCGGCCCCCUGCACGAGGCCAUCAGCGUUCUGGUGAGACUGGCUGGCACGUGGGCUGGGGGGCUCGGGGACGGCUGGCACGGACAGGGACGGUGA